CUGUUCUGAUGCUGCCCCUUUGUUGGAUACGGUCCGUUUCCGCAUGUGUGAUUAUUUCCGUUUCCACUCCGAAAAAGCCAGGCUGAGUUUAAGUUCACAAAAGUUAAUUUCCAGUGCCGUGGACAAUCUAAAAGGCACAUAAAACCUUUGAAUAAAGCAAAGCGUUAUCCCUGCGAUGGGGGACAUGGCAGAUCCUGCCAGCGAUCGGCAGCAGCCCGGUGCUCUGGGUCUCCUUCUGAACAAGGAUUUCAUUGCUUCGCGAAAAGGGAAACUUCUCGCUGCUGAAGUGGUACUUACCUUCAUCACCUUCGUGUGCUUCGUGGCAUCCUCAGCGGCAGUAUUCAUGACGGCCCCCCUCGUCGAGUUCCUCAUGGCCAUCUUCUUCUAUUUCGCUUACUCCACCAAGUUCAAUGAGCGGUUCAAGGACUUCUACUGGCCUCUGGUGGAUUUCCUGCGUUGCGUUACUGCCUCCAUCAUCUACUUCAUCAUCUCCAUAAUUUCAGUCUCCAAGUACUCGGGUGGGGCCUCCAGCGCAGCUGGGGUUUUUGGGUUCAUAGCCACCAUUAUUUUCGCCUUAGAUUUCUAUUUCAUCUUCAAUGACCUGGCCACCUUCCUUAAGCAAGGCAGAGCACCCGAUGAGGAACCACAAGCAGCAAACGACUCUGACUCCGAUUCAGACUGAGACUGAGCGCUGAAGUAGUCGAUGGGAGAGAAGCCAUGAGACGUCUACAUCCUUUGAUUUUAGGAAUUUCCUCAUCCGGCUUAAAGAACAAACACAAACUUGAGCCUUCUAACCACUGGCCUUUCAAACCCCGAACCAUAUCAGAUAAAGAGUUUACGUGUGUUUUUUCCUAAGACACUUAUCUAGGGAUUUUUAUGUUUACUUGCUUUUCUCCCCUUUUUGCACUUCCUUUCAUGCUGUGAACAAUUUGCAGUAUUCAGUUCAUACUGAACAAGUUUGCUUCCAGUACGAUCAUUUUACACGCAGCUGUCAGAGGGCUGGGCCCGAGGCACAUAACACUAACCUUUACAUACCUGUGUGAAGCCUUUGAACCCAACCGUGAAACCAGCAAGUCAGCCAUUCACUGCGUAUGUGAAGGCAUAUGCAAAUGGCCACACGUGGAUGUCACUGAAUACAUUCCGAAUGUUUCCCAGUGAUGGGUUCAAUGAAACUCAGCAUUUUCAACUAACUGCAUAAAGAAGGCUUUUCAUCACAUAAAGAUUUUAUGUUUUUCCACAGUGGAAGCAGAAGAUUUCAGUCUGACAUUUCAGUCGAAUCUUUAGCUUUGCGUUACAAAACUCUCUCUCUGUGUGGUCUUGAUUCGCAUUUUUGAACGCAUUCUGUUCUGUUUCCAGACAUGUCUUACUAUGCAUACUCCUGCCUCUCACAAUCAUUCUUUUUUUUUUUUAAAUGAAAAUUCCUAACAGCCUCAGCUGUAAAAUAAUCAUGCUUUACAUUCACAUGAAAUGGAUUGGGUUGCACUUUUCACUGGCCAGAAAUUACGCAGAAGCAUUCACCUUUCUUGCCACUUGGGGAAAGACCACUGACAGCUGUUAUUCUAUGCAGUAGAUUUCCAAAGACUGCAUUCUGACAUGAUUCUGUAUUUCCGAAGCCCAGUGUGAAGUAAUUACCUUGAAUUUCAUUGCAAAUAUACGUGGGAGCAUAUUUAGUCUUUCGGGACCUUUGGAUGGUUCACCCAGCUGAACUGCAUUUGGCGCCCCUGGGAUCGUAGUGGGAUGCAGACUGACCAGCAGCGCAGAUUGUGCGCAAGAGGGAAGGCUGCAUUCUGUCAACGCAAAUGACAGCUGCAGCCAACAGCUCAUCCUGCUGGACACGAAUGUUCAGACACAAGCAAUAAACACCUGAUGUUUACAUCAACAACCGGGUUGUGUGUCGAACAACAGUCACACACCACAUCAACAGCAGAGAUCGACGCAAGAAGCAGAACAAUUUAUUCAGUUGUAAGCCUACUUAUUAGCACUGAUAAAUUUACACUGAAUUAUACAAAUACAAUUGGGAAUGCAUAUAAAAAAAUUAAUGAUUUUAAUAGAGGACACUCGUUAAAAUAAAUUAAAGCAGAAUGGACAGAAUACAUGUUAAGCGAUAUUGCGAGCUAGUAGAAUAAACAUCACGUUAAAUAAACAGCACGUCAAACAUCAAUGCAUGGCCGGAAGUAAAAAAAAAGAGAAA